AUGACUAAUUAUAGUGGUAAUCGGCUGGUGGGUUUUAGGUUUCACCCUACCGAUCAAGAACUCAUCAGUUACUUCCUCUACAAGAAAGUGAUAGCCAAGCAGCCAUUAAUGGCGUUGUACAGCAACAUUGUGCAUGACUUCAAUCUUUUGGGCGAAACAGAGCCCUGGGUGGUCUGGGAUAUCUUCGGAGGACCUGACCUCAUUGACGAAGACUUGUAUUUCUUCUCGGAGCUCAAGAAUUUAAGCCCAAAGGGUUCGCGCAUCAAACGCAAGAUUGAGGCCGGAGGUACUUGGAGCGAAGCCUUCUCCAAAAAGGUUUACGACGAGACGACUGGAAACCCUAUCGGGCGAAAAAGGAAUUUGCGGUACGAGAACGAAGGGUGUGAGCACCACGGCAAGUGGCUGUUAGAAGAAUAUAGUCUUGUUGUUGAUCAAGAGACACAAAAGAUUGUGCUAUGCCGACUUAAAAAGAACAACAGGGUUUGGAACAAAAUAAAUAAUUCAACUCAAGAAUUGAAGGAGAAACCCUCAAACAAGAAGGCAAGAAAAGGAUUGGGAUCACCAAGGAUCAAGAUUGAGGAUGAGGAACCACACAGAACUUCUGGCCUAAGUACCGUCUAUAAUAAUCUUGAUCAAGAGUUGAUAAUCGACACUAAUUAUAAUGCGAUUUCGAAUAAUAUUUGUGGUGAUAAUCAAGAUAACAUGUUGAUCACCAGUGACUUUGCGUCUGCUCCGGUAUGCUACGACUAUGGUGGUCUGAUUGAUGAAGAAUAUAUUUUUGACGUCAAUGAAUUGUUGGCAACAGUAGAGCCACAACCAUUGUCAUUGGAGUUGCCUCAGAUGGCUGAAACCCUAGAGCCUUUGCUAAGUUCUGAUAGGACAGUGGAUGCUUGGAACUCAAGUGGUUUGGAGAAUAUAUAUGCAACCAACAAAAAGACAUCACAUAUUGGUUCAACAGUUGAAAAAUAUUUUGGAAAUUUGUAA